AUGGGGCAUCAUUCUUGCUGCAACAAGCAGAAAGUGAAAGAGGGUUAUGGUCACCUGAAGAAGAUGAAAAGCUUAUCAACUACAUCACACUUACGGCCAUGGUUGCUGGAGCUCUGUCCUAAGCUUGCUGGUCUUCAGAGGUGUGGGAAAAGUUGCAGACUUAGAUGGAUCAAUUACCUAAGACCUGAUUUGAAACGAGGAAGCUUCUCUUCUCAAGAAGCAGCCCUCAUUAUAGAGCUUCAUAGCAUUCUAGGCAACAGGUGGGCUCAGAUUGCCAAGCACCUACCUGGAAGAACUGACAAUGAGGUCAAGAACUUCUGGAACUCAAGCAUAAAGAAGAAGCUGCUUUCUCAUGAUAUGCUCCCCCUUCUUUUUCCACAUUUUCUGAUCAUUUUCUUCUUCAUCAUCAUCACCAUCAUCAUCAUAAUGCUCUCCUCUGAAACCUUCUUCCCUUCUUCAAACCCUAAUGAUCAUCUCCUCCUUAACCAGUCUCAUCCUCAGCCUGAUCAUCAUCCUCAUCAUCAGCUAUACCAUCCCAUUACUACUACUCCAUCACCAAUCCCACAAGCUCUCAUUGGUCUCCAUCAUAAAACUGAUGAUGUUAAAGCAGACAUUGCAAUUAUGAUAAUCCCAAUGACAAUUUCCUUCAUGUCCAGCAGAAUCCUAUAUCAGAAACCCACACCACCUAAUAUUAUUAUUCCAUACUGUGAAGAUGGCAAUAAUAAUAAUGAUAAUCAUGAUACGUGGUCAAUGUUGAAUGGUCUGAGUCAAGAGAAUAAUCAAAUUACCAAAAGUGAUGAUCCUCUACUUCAUCAUCUUGUUGCAGAGAAAUUCAUGAACCCAGGUUCGAUGUUAAUGCAGCAAUAUUGUGAUCCGGAUGAUGAAACUUGGGGGAGUCCAUUGUGCCCAAAAUCUGACCCUUCUCUUGCCGGAAUCCAGUGUUACCCACCAUCAUCUCUUUUUUCCCCACAACAAGAUCACCAUACUUUCUCAGCCAAUCAAAUGGAGUACAUUGAUGCAAUCCUAUCAUCGUUGCCGCCCUCCGCCACAAACCCUAUUCUUCCAUCCAGCUUGGAGCCUUGA